AUGGAAGGAGAACCAGGUACUGGUGUUUGUAUGAACUGUUUCUUGAGUAAAAGUCUAAAAUGAGUAAAAAUCCACGUUAAAAUAAUUGUUUUUCUUAUACCAUAUUUGUGGGUAACAAAUCAAAUUGUAUUGGUCACAUACACAUAUUUAGCAGAUGUUAUUGCGGGUGUAGCGAAAUGCUUGUGUUCCUAGCUCCAACAGUGCAGUAGUAUCUAACAAUUCACAACAAUACACACAAAUAAAAAAAGUAAAAGAAUGGAAUGAAGAAAUGUAUAAAUAUUAGGACGACCAAUGUCGGAGUGGCAUUGACUAAAAUACUGUAGAAUAGAAUACAGUAUAUACAGUAUAUACAUAUGAAAUGAGUAAAGCAGUAUGUAAACAUAAUUAAAGUGACUAGUGUUGCAUUAUUAAAUAGCAGCAGUUCAUUAAAUUGUGGGGGGGAUGCUCUGGUGCUCCUAAAUGUUAUGUUGUGCUCUUAACUUUAAGUUGGGAGCACCAGUGCUACCAAUGACAUUUUUUUUAUUUAAAGCCCUGCGUGUCCAUAUGAAUUGUUUCUGUAUAUUUUGUUUGGUAUAAUCAGAUUUUACUUGGGUAUGUAGUACAGUUGAUUAAACAGUUUUCUGGUUUACUGUUUGAAACAGAUCUGUUCACCAGAGGUAUUGACAUCCAGGCUGUCAAUGUUGUCAUCAACUUCGACUUCCCCAAGAACGCCGAGACAUACCUGCAUCGCAUUGGAAGAUCAGGUAUGGACAUUUUCUUGUGUUGUUUAUGUGCUUCUUGUGGUAUUAUGUCAAUGCUUUUUAUCAUCUUGUAAUAUCUGAAUGUUCUGUUUUGCAAACAUGGCCACAUGUACAUUCCAUCCCUCUGUGGUAUUGUCUCACUCAGGGAGGUUUGGUCACCUGGGCCUGGCCAUCAACCUGAUCACCUCUGAGGACCGCUUUAACCUGAAGUCCAUCGAGGACCAGCUGGUCACCGACAUCAAGCCUAUCCCUGGCAGCAUCGACAAGAACCUGUACGUGGCAGAGUUCCAUGCCGCCAACCUAGACUGCGAGGUGGUGGAGGAGGAGUUGAAGGAGACAGGCUGCCAACAGGGGGAGCCCUAG